GGGAAGGUCAGCGCUCGCUGUGGCAUUCAACUCCUGAAAGGGGCGUGGAGUUGCGCUCAACAGUCGGAAACUGUCGAGUGUGUAAAACCAAAAAAAAAAAAAAAAAAAGACUCAACAGAUACUGAGAGAGGCGCUAAUAUGAAAGAAAGUGGACCCAGCCAGUGCGCUAAGAGUAAAGCUGGACUACCCCACCUUUUAAAAGUCUUCCGAAUGUGGCAAACGUGGGAUUAGAGGAAGAUGUUUGCAUCUCCAGGGCCCAGCCAAGAGAUUGUGGAGUGGCUCUCCAGCCUCCACCUGUCUCAUUAUGCAUCGUUUCUCCAUCAGGGGGGUUAUCAAUCUCUGGAAGACUGCAAGGACCUCACGGAAGAGCGGCUCCUGGAACUUAAGGUGCUGCCGACAGGCCACCGUAGACGCAUCCUCAGGAGUCUGGAGGCACGAAAGUUGAAGCGGCAGAGUGGAGAGGAAGACAAAAGCAAAGAGGAGGGAGUAAAGAGUGAGAACAGUCAAAGGAAGCCAGUGCCAUACCCGAGACAUAUCUUCUUAGAGGAUAAAAAGAGGGGGAUAUCAUGUCAGUACCCAAAGAAAGAGGGCGAGUAUGAUUUGGAAGGGAGUCAGACUUUGCUUCCAGGAGCAGGACCGGGGGCAGAAGUUGAGAACCUUCCAAAGAGGAGUUAUCUUGUUCCGCCUCAACCGGCCCCUCGUAACCCCCGGAACAUUCAGACAUCUGCGCAGACCUGUUUGUCUGCUUCUGCGCAUUCCAGCAGCAGCAGCAGCAGCAGCGAGUCCCUCUCUGCUUCUGAAAUAUCAUCAGAUUGGGAGAUUUCUAUAGAAGAUCCAUUGCCUUCUGGUACUAACUCUGUCCCCUGUUCUGCUGACCAUGGGGGCUUUCAAGGUGAAAUGGUUGAAAACUCAAUUUAUGAGGCACAGCCCAGUUUCAAUGCUCCUAGAGGUCAGCGGUUUACUCGCUCCUACAAACUGAGGCACCGGCCUGUUCCUGAAAUCCCGAUUCAGACUGCAGUUCCGCUUCAGGACAGUGCACUGCCGUCGCAAACAACCAGCCCAGAACACCUAACCGGCUCCGAAGGUCUCACCGGUGCAAACGACAUGCAGAAAGCUGCACUUCAAAGGACCCUGACGCCUAUUGCUCCCUACGGAGAAAUAUUCCUGUACAACAGCCCUGAAAGUGCUCCGGACCAAGGUGCUAAAGAAGGGCCGCACAAGGGUUUUAAGGACAAGAUAAAACCGAGAAAAAAGACACCAUUGCAGAAAGAGUCCAAAGAAAAAAUGUGUCCACCAGCUCCAACUAUCCCAGACCCUCACAGAGAUGAGUACUCCACGGUGGAGGAGUGUGCUAGCAUUUUGCCGCGGGCAUGUGUGGACCAAAGUUUUUCUGUGACCCCUGACCCCGCCGCUGCUGUCGGUCCAGCUGCCUCUGGCUCUAAUAAUCAAUCCUUGAUCAUGGUGGAUUGUGACCUCUACUCAGACCCUGCAGACGCUAUGGGGGCUGUUGAAAAAAGUGGAUUGCCUGAUAUUUCUCCAUAUGCAUGCUUCUAUGGAGCCCCCAAACGGCAGGUGCUCAAAGUGGGUUGGCUGGACAAGCUGUCACCUCAAGGAAAUUGUGUUUUUCAAAGGAGGUGGGUGAGAUUUGAUGGCGAGAGUUUGGCCUACUACAACAGCGACAAGGAGAUGUACUCCAAAGGCAUGAUCCUGGCCAGUGCCAUCAGACAGGUGCGAGGACUGGGUGACAACAAGUUUGAGGUGGUUACCUCCCUUCGGACCUUCAUAUUCCGAGCUGAGAGAGAAGGGGAGCGCCAGGAGUGGAUGGAAACUCUUCAGACGGCCACGCGCCCCCCUGCCUGCGGCUCCCAGAAGCGCUCCAACAGCCUCUCCCACCCCUCCUCCACAAACAAGCGAGGCUUGCUGGAGCUCCGCGGUUACAAAGGCAGAGUGCUGGUGUCCCUGGCGGGGAGUAAAGUCAGGCUCUGCAAAACAGAACAGGAUCACAAAGCAGGGCUGGCUGUUGCUGAAGUAGAACUGACUGCUGCCAAUAUCAGAGAUGUGGACCGCAGGGGCUUUGAAAUCAACACACCCUUCAAAAACUUCUGCUUCACGGCCGAGUCAGAACGGGAGAAGCAGGAGUGGAUUGAAGCGCUGAAAGAAUCGAUUGCUGAGACACUCUACGACUAUGAAGUGGCAGAGAAGAUUUGGUUCAACGAGGCCAACAGGAGCUGCGCCGACUGUCAUGCACCGCAGCCGGAGUGGGCGUCAGUCAAUCUGGGUGUGGUCAUCUGUAAGAAAUGUGCAGGACAGCACCGCUCUCUUGGCCCAAGUAUUUCCAAAGUGCGGAGCUUGAAGUUGGACUGCAGUAUCUGGAGCAAUGAACUAGUGGAGCUCUUCCUGGAAGUGGGGAAUAAGAACGCUAACAGUUUCUGGGCUGCUAAUCUCCCCUUGGAGGAGGAUCUCCACAGCGGGGCUUUUGCGGAGCAGCGUGCCACCUUUAUUCGCAGGAAGUACAGAGAGAGGAGGUACAGGAGGGUCCUGGAGGGCUUUCAUGACCUGGAGCAGCUAAAUCAGGCGCUGUGUGCAGCUGUGGUGUCCUCUGAUGUGCUGCAGACCAUGGCAACUGGUGUCAGCGGGGCAGAUGUUAUGUGCGCCACCGGGGAUCCAACCUACUCCACCCCGUACCUCUUGGCGCAGCGUGCUGGACAGAAGCUGCAGAUGGAGUUCCUGCACCAGAACAAACUGUGUGCUUUCGCUAGAUUGGACGAGUGGUCGGAGGACGCCUGUCUGUCUGAUACUUCCCUCUUCAUGGAUGGCUUCCUCUACAUCUCCUCUUCAUCUACCAAGGCGACGUUGGACCGUCGCGGAAGAGAUGACAUGGCACGCCGUUGGUGUACUUUGGAAGGCGGCUUCCUGAGUUACUAUGAGAGUGAGCAAAGCCCUUCAGCCAUUGGCAGGGUGGACGUCACCAAAGUCAUCAGCCUGGCUGUCAGCCACACAGAGACGAUGACUGGAGCUGGGGCUGUGUUUACAGUGGAGCUGUACCUGCAGACAGAGCGCGUGCUGAUUUUCAGAGCUGAAACACAGGAAACACAGCAUGACUGGAUCCAGGCACUAACAAAGUGCUUCGUCCCACCUAAAGUUGAGGGACUAGUGCGGCAAGAGAGUGAACUGAUUGGCAGACUCCACUACAAAGAAGGUCAUGACCUAUACUACUGGAGGACGGGCUGGUUUAUGCUGGAAGGCUCUACCCUGCACUUCAGCUCAGGAGAGGAGGAAGGCGAGGAGGAAGUAAUUCAACUGAAGCAACUACAGGAACUCACUGUCUCCACACAUACUGAGGGUGAGGACAAGAUCCAAGUCCUGCUGAUGGUGGAGUGUGGAAGAACAGUUUACAUUCAUGGCUUCAACAAGAUGGACUUCACCCUGUGGCACUCUGCUAUCCGACUGGCUGCCGGCACAGAUGGCAACGCGCUUGGUGACCAACAGCUGACUAAAAAUGGUGUUCCUAUUGUAGUCGACAGCUGCAUUUCCUUUGUCACUCAGUAUGGUUUGUGCCAGGAGGGACUCUACCAGAGGCCUGGGGGUCCUGGUCGAGUGUCUCACCUCCUAGAGGAGUUCACCCGCGAUGCCCGUAAUGUGAAGCUGAGGAAGAAGGAGCACCAUGUUGAGGAUGUGACAGACACACUGAAGAGCUUCUUGUCACAGGCAGAGGAUGCACUGCUGACCAAGGAGCUCUAUCCAUACUGGGUGUCAGCUCUGGAUGAGAGGGACGAGAGGCAGAGAGUAAAGAAGUACUCCACUUUCAUAGAGAGCUUGCCAAAGAUAAACAGGUCAACCCUUCAAGCCCUGCUGCAGCAUCUUUACAGGAUCCAGCAAUGCUCCCACCUGAACCACAUGCCAAGUGAAAAACUGGCCUCCGUCUUCUCCUCCUGCUUGUUCCAGACUCAAGGACAAACCACACAGGAAAUUAGUGUGGUCCACGACCUAAUCAGCAACUACAUUACACUCUUCAGUGUCAGUGAAGACCAGGUGCAACAGAUGGAGAGAGAGAAUAGUUUCAUCAUACGCUGGAACGACAAGAAGGACACAACGUUUGCUCCAGCUGGGGACUUGAUCUUUGAGGUGUACCUGGAGAAGAAAGAGCCAGAGAAAUGCUGCUUAGUCAAGGUCUCCCCCAGCAUGCGGUCCGCUGAGCUUGCAGAGACGGCGCUGAGCAUGAGGAGCAUCACUGUUAACGCUGAAGACUUUUGGACCACCUUUGAAGUCAUUGAAAACGGAGAGCUAGAGCGACCAUUGCACCACAGCGAGAAGGUUCUUGAGCAGGUCUUGGAGUGGAGUUCCUUGGAUUACCCCAGCUCUGCUUUUCUUGUUAUAAAGAAGUUUAUAGGAGUCAAAAAGGUGCCUCAUGGGAAAGACCAGAGGCAGUUUCUGAAAGGCGACCAUCUGAAGUUCAGUGACGGAUGCUCCAAACUGCUGUCAGGGCACAAAUUUCAGGACAAGUAUGUUGUGCUUCAUGCAGAGAAGCUGCUGCUCUACAGGGAUAUCAAAAGCGCUAAAGCUGAGAAAACAAUCCCACUGAAGCAUGUGAAAUGUUACCUGGGCCUGAAGAAGAGGCUCAAACCUCCAACCAACUGGGGCUUCACUGUCUGCACUGAUAAACAACAAUUGCAUUUCUGCUGCGACAAGAGGGAGACGCAGGUCAGCUGGGUGACAGACAUCAUCAGGAUGAAGUAUGGUUCUGACCUCCACACACCAUCCAUCACCUCAAAAGAAACAGAAGAUCACAGAUCCACCAGAGAUGGAGCUGUGAGCCUCAGCUCCAGCAAACAGCCGACCGACAGGUACGUUUCUCUUAGAGAUGGAGACUGGAGGACCCCCAAGGAUCCUGGUCUUCACUUAAAGUCCAACACCAUAGGCACCUCAAAGUCCACCGACCUGCUCAAGCCCCGAAUGGACAGAAGAACCUCUGUGGAUGUUUGCCUGCCUGUACGGUUCCCUUCACUGUCUCCUUCCAGACACGCACAGCCCAUGCCUUUGCCUGGUCUUCCUCAAAGCGGCUGUAAGACCGUCAGCAAAAAGCCUGCUCUGGGUGGGGAAGCUAUAUUGCCACCGAAUCUGCUGAACGAACUGAACUCGGUGCUGAACAAGACUGGUCGCACUGCCAAUCACAAUGACUGACAGCAGGCGUAAUGAGGGGGAAAAUGACAUACAGCAUCACGAUCACUUUGAACAAAGUAGGACGACAAAGAUGAGACGACUGGCUAAAAGACUACACAGUGUUAAUGUAAAGAGAACAAGUUACUU